AUGUCGACCGGGUCGCUCCCGCACCGCCGCACGCGUGUCUACCAGCUCCGACGAGCAGCCGCCGGCCCCCGCCCAUGAGGGCACUUGCGGCCGCCGCCUCGCCCCCUCUCCGCGCCCUGUCCCUCCUCCUCUCCCCCCGCCUCCCUCCUCCAAUCCCGCGCCCCCGGUUCAUCAUGAACCCUUCGCCGUCCUCCUCCUCUGGCGGCCACAACUCCAGGGCCCCCGCCGUCGCUUCCCAGCAGCCGCGCGGCGAUGGCGGCAGGAGGCGCGGGCGCGGCGGCGGAUACGGGGGCUACCGCGUCGACGCCCUUGGUUCGUCGUCCUCUUCCUCUGCCGGCGGCUACCACUCCAUGGUCCCCGCUUUUGAUUCCCUGCAUUUGCGGGGCGGUGCCAGCGUCUGGCGGGGAGGGCGCGGACGCGGAGACGGGAGGGACCGAAUCGACGCCCUUGGUUCGUCAUCGUCCUCCCCAUCUGCCGGCUACCACUCCAGGGCCGACGCCUUCACUUCCCCGCAGCCUCGCGGCGGCGGCGGCAGGAGGCGCGGCGGCGGCGGCGGCGGGCGGGGAGGGCGUGGCGACGCAAACGAGAGCGACCGCAUCGGCGCUCUUGGCCGCCUCCUGUCGAGGGUGCUGCGUCACAUGGCGGUGGAGCUGGGCCUGGACAUGAGGCCGGACGGCUACGUGCGGGUCCGCGACCUUCUCAGGCUCAAGCUGCAGUCAUUCGCCAACGUGCCACUCAGGUGCCACACGGUGGACGAAAUCAGGGAGGCCGUCAGGCGGGAUACCAAGCAGAGGUUUAGUCUGUUGGAGGAAGAUGGUGAGCUAUUGAUUCGGGCGAACCAGGGGCACACAGUAACUACUGUUACUUCUGAGAAUUUGCUGAAGCCCAUUUUGUCAGCUGAUGAAGUGUCAGUCUGUGUGCAUGGAACUUACCGGAGAAAACUUCACUUGAUCUUGCAAUCUGGCCUAAAUCGUAUGGAGAGGUUACAUGUACAUUUCUCAAGUGGAUUACCAUCAGAUGGAGAAGUAAUUAGUGGUAUGCGACCGGAUGUUAACGUUUUAAUACAUUUGGAUGUCAGGAAGGCACUUCAUGAUGGAAUGAAGCUCUACAUUUCAGACAACAAUGUGAUCUUGACUGAAGGUUUUGAUGGCAUCAUCCCUGUGAAAUACUUUGAGAAAAUCGAAACAUGGCCAGGACGAGCACCGAUACUGUUUCAAAGAUAAAGAGACCACAGUCGAAACUGAUGUAGUUUUUACAUGGCUUCUUUUCACAUGCUAAAAUACAUCUCUCCUGUUGUAUCUGUUUUUUUUUGCGAGGUAUUGUGUUGUAUCCCUUAAGACCUGUAUUCUGCAGCAAAUCACAUAUAUGGAUCUGUGUUUCCCUCAGUUACAUUAGCUGGUGAUUGUUUUGCCAUGCCAUUUUGUUAUGGCUCGACUCUGUAAGCUGUGCCAUUCAGCAUCUGUAAAAUGUCACCAUGAUACAGAUUCGUGUACUAAUUGCGUCUUGUUGCCUUGUUU